CUUGACAUUCAUACCUCCCAGAAAUACCACAAUCUGAUUAUAUUCUGAUUUAAUGAUCUUACGCAACUUGAUUGCUAUCAUUCUAUAACUAAACGUGACUCAAAAGCCAAUAAGACUAUCCGCCUCAACUGUAAAUUGAAAACUUUUGGACAACCACAAAGCGAAAGAAGCAAGACAAGGACCAAUUGGGAAGAACCUCAGCUGCAGUAGUGAUGUGCAUUGAACAGUUCAUUAUACUUGGCUGUUUGCAACACAGAACAAGUAUUUUUGGAGAGAGUACGGCAAAUUGAUCCAGAAAAUUCGAUAAAAGUAUUCCGAAUCCAAUCUGUCUCAACAUCCCAUGGGCGGAUGGUGUUAGUGCAGAGGGAGAAAUUCCAUCCAGCAACGCAACAUAUCAUUAGCACUCCGUCGCCUGUAUGACCUCUGGGUCUCUUGGGGAAGUUACGGUGUGCUGAGCUAUUCCUCAACUAACCUUAUUUUGCACCUGAUCUAUAGGGACACAAAUAAAAUUUAUUUCUUUGUAAACAACUUUUCAAUUUAAGUACUUGCGGGCAGUUCUAGGAUUUCAUACAUUCACACGGGACGCAACUUACUUGUGGGUUAUAUUUAAUAAGCAAACAGCCAUUAUAUGUACGUAUGCACAUAUGUAUGUUUACAUUGAUGUGGAUUCGUUGAUUGUCAAUUAGUAUGAUGAUUUGGUACAAAAUUCCGACAAGGGCGCACUAUCGCCCAGCACGUAUUAUCGGCAUUCUGCUAUCGGCGCCACGACUUUAAUCCGAACUGUAAAAGUACUGGCAACAUGACUAACCCGUGGUACUCGGCCGGUACAAGCUUAUGUUAACUGGAUGGAAUAUUUUACAAUUAAAAUAUAAGCAAAUAACUUCGUAACUGGAAAAGUAAGGUCAAGUUGUAAAAAACGACAUUCUUUAUCAUGUAAACAACAUUUCAUCACACCAAGCUACAUAUAAGACGUAGUUGGAGCAGCACAACAUUCUUCGUAAACAGUUUAUUUAUGAACCGAUACUGAUGACACAGUUACCUAUCAGACUUCAGAACUUACAUACUAUGCUUGCAUCUCAUUGAAAAUUAUUUGUUCUAUAAAUUCAUAAUAAAAUAUGACUAUCAAACCGUUGUUUUUCAUUGUCGUUAUAAUUGCCAAACAAUCCUUUGCAUCUUCUGACAUCAAUGUGUGCUUGGAGCGGCACACGCCGAUACGUAUGUACAACUAUGCUUCUGGACAGUGCCUCUCAUCAUCGAAUACGGAAGCCGGCCUUAAACUUCAAAUGCAUGGGUGUGUGGUAGGUGAUGAGAAAUUAGCCUUCUUUGCACACAGAGCGUCGGGUCUUUACAAUGCGUCAAAUAGUUACCAGUUGGUCAAUAAAAUAAGCGGGCAAUGCUUAACGGCUGGACCACUUGGUACAUUAUCAGUUAAAAACACCCCAGUCCUACAGUUUGACUGCGACGGAUCAUCCAAACAACAGGUUUGGAAGAACUAUGACACUUGGAAAAAGUUCUUGGGCAGCACGUACUACCAAAUUUCGAAUUUGGAUGAAAACUUAUGUCUCACUGCAGAUGAAUCAGAUCCCAGCAUCCCACAUCGAGGAUUUCCGUACAUGUAUCCUUGUAAUUAUUACUAUAAUGAUCAGUGGUGGCUGCCCGCUUUGGGUAAUUGUUGAUUAAUAUAUUUCUCAAUACAAGAUUUAUUGGAAAUAAACCUCAGUUCAGACUCUUCAA